GAGUACCCUUGGAUGUUCUGUUUGUUCUGGCCGACGGAGGGUCUCAUGUUCUCGAAGGAUGUUAUUCGGGCUUAGGUCCGACUGUACAGCCUUGUGUCUUUCUGGAGGACCUGCAGACUCUCACUGUGGACCAACUGAAGGACCGGCUGAGGAAGGCGGGGCUGUCAGUGUCUGGCCUGAAGGAUACAUUGGUGGCACGCCUGCUGGACUGCGAGUUCGCCAAGGAGCGGCAGGCGUGGAUGAACAGUUUCCUGAACAUCUCCUGGCACGUGCCCCCACUGCUGUGCAGAUGCCACGGGUGCGGGGCGCUGUUGGACCACGCUACCUUGUCGCAGCACCUGACGAAGAAAAGCAUGUGUCCGUGCUAUGGCGGCCCCGCACGGGACGAAACCUGGGGCUGCGCCGGCUGCGCCGCGUUCUACGCCAGCGAGGCUGCACUGGAGGAGCACCAGCGAUCAGCCCACCACCGUGGCAGGAUCGAGCCCCACCAGGUGCUAGACAGCGAGGGCGAGGCUCGGGACGAUCGAAAUUGGCAUGGAAAGCACGGGCGCAAAGGUCGACAGCGCGUCUUGUACGAUCUGAGCAGGGCACGCUGUCGGUGUCGCCGUAGACGCUGUCCAGUUGGGACAGAAGGUCGCCUGCACAACAGCGGCCGCUGUCGGUUUGGGGCAACGUUUAUGAUUGCGCAUAUCGCCCAUGUUUUCCGUACCCGCUGCGGGCGUCCGAAAAAGGACAGUUUCUUCCAGCAGCGCUGGCGCGAGCAUCUGGAGCGGCAGGAGCGCCUGCGGCAGCUGGCGCCGCCGGCGCAGCGCCCGCCGGCGAUGAGCCCUCCGGCGCAGAGCCCGCCGGCGCCGAGCCCGCCGCUGCUGCUGAAGAAGCUCCCGCCCCCGCCGGCGGCGCCGAGGACGCGGCCGACGCCGCCCCGCCCGCCGGCGCCGAGCCCGCCGCUGCUGCUGAAGAAGCUCCCGCCCCUGUCGGCGGCGCCGAGGACGCUGGUGAACCGUGUCAAAAGGAUGCAGAGUCGAGACCCGGACGCCAGGGAGCAGUGGUCCGCCCUCUGUGUCAAGCACGGCGGGGGCGUGCGCGACCCUGCCAGGCACGACGCGUCGUUUCUCCAGAGCUUCAUCGCCCGGUACCACAACGGCAAGAAGGGCACAGCGUGACAUUCCCGCCGCAGGCCGCCGCCCGCACGGGUCGCGCGGGCCCCGAGGCGGCAGCGCACGGUCCGGGUGCGGGCCGAGGGCGCCGCCGCGUUCUCGGGCGGCGCGCGGCUGGCCUGGACAGCACAACAGCUUUGGUCGCUGGCGUGUGGACAAGGCGCCGAGGUUCGCGCAGUCGCGCAUGGCCGAGCCGUGCUGGAGCAUGAUCGCGGGUUAUGCAAAAGGCGG